GGACGAUCCUGCCCGCAAUUCGGAAGGGGGAGUGGGUCAUGGCCAUAGUCGACACUGAUGGGGAAUGGAAGCCGUCCGAGCGCCUGGCCAAGUCCGACUACUUGGAUAUCGCGAGGAGUGCUGUGGUGGACAAAGUGACGUCAGAGAACAGCAACCUGCAGCCCGCCGACCCGGCCAUCAUUACCACUGCUAAUCACUUGUUCCGGGAACUUCAGGACAAGCAGUGGUUGGAACUAUCUGACGAUUUCUACGACCUCGAGACGAGCCCUUCAAAGAAAAAGGUGAACUGGAAAGUACCCCCAUCGACAGGGACCCAGGGUAGUGUGGGAGGAGGACCUCCGAGCCCCCCCGGGGCCGGAGGGGGCGGAGGCAGUGGCCACGAGGAAGGAGGUGGCGGAGGCAGUGGCCAUACGACAUCAGGGGGAAGCGUGCCGGCAUCAUCGCCUGCCCCUAGCGGUCAGGGCAGGAUCGCGCACAGCGGCGUGGGGGAAGGGGGGGUGAACGUCACACACUCCCCAACAGCAGGGAGCGGCAAGUCGGGGAAGUUCACCCGCAUCCGAACUUCGCAGACGGAGGACCCAGUGCCCAUGGAGGCAGCGAAGUCGGCCGACAUCUGCACUUCGACGACUCUGGAGCAGGCGGCCCUUCCCUCGUGGACUGCUUUGGGCUCCUCCGAUGAAGUGGGGUGGGGCUCAUGUGCAGGGGAUCCUGUCUCCACCGUGAAGGGCAAGUCCGCGGGCAUCCCUGCCAGGGCGGACGACGUUCAGGCGAGUGUACCAGUCCAGCGGAGCUCUACAGGAGCACAGGCGUCGGAGAUGGGCGCCGCCCUGGCUUCGGGGGAGGCAGGGACGAAGGAAGGUGGUACGUCUGUUCAUACAGACGACCGCUCCUUGGGAUCCGCCUUGAUGCGGCUGCAAGGAGCCGAGUCGCGUGAGACUGACGGGGGGGAAGAAUGGGUGCAAGUCGAGGGAGGGGAAGAAGAAGGAGAAUGGGAGGAGGGGGGAGAAGGAGACGAAGGGCGAGAGAAGGAGUUAAUUACAUUGCACGACGGGGAAGACGGUGAAGAAGGAGGACUCAGUAUUACGGACGAGGAAAGGGUGGAUGCCGGAGACGAGGAUGUCUGUGGGGAGACAUCUGAUUCGUUCGGUCUAGUGUACGCCAGACCAGGUGAAGGUGAUAUCGACGACGACGCGACGACGAUGGAUAUGGAGACGCAGGUGGUUAGUGGCCUUUCCGUGGACCACGAAGAAUAUGACACCCACCACCUGGCCACGGCGGUGCAUCCCCCCGACGGGUGCGACAAGGCUAUCAUGAAAGUGAGCCCGGCGAAAACGACUCACCGUCUUAGCGUCAACGAGGUCAUCGAUAGCAUACUGGGCGACGUGCAAGCUAAAACACUUCCAUCCACCCCGUCAAAAGACGAUGCCCUUCUCAGCAACGACACUUUCGUGGCCAGGGACUUGGCGCUCAUCCAGCCGUGCUUUCCGGUACCCUCGUCACCGCUCACAGGAGGAAGGGGGGGGGUUGUUGGGGGCCGCCAGCAUGUCACGUCCCCAAAAAAGUGCAGGGUAGGCACUCCGGCCCUGGCUGUCCUCGCCUUACCAGCGCCCUCGUCGCUGACGAAGGAGCGGAAAGAAAAACAAGUUGGUAAGCAUUGAUGAUCGUCGCGAUGUCAGCACUCCCGCGUUUCGGGAUUGUCGACGCUGUCUGUCAACCCCCUUGCCAGUUUAUGCCCCACGUUAGAUGGACAAAAUUCUGCUUUACUUGUCAGCGAGGACCAAUUGGCCUCUUGUUCCUUAACACACCGUCACGCUUUAUUCUGCGACCGCUGAUCCGCUCCUCCCUCUACAAAACUACAAGUCCUCUGUCGCCGUCUCGAUUUUCUGUCUCUGGCCGACACCUGUAGUGUGGAUACCGGCAGACUACAAGACAGACCGUUCGAUAAACGAUUUUCGCAUCG